GUAAAAUCCAGCCCAUUUCUGGUAAGUGUUACAGCACAUCAAUAGCAUAAACUAAUUGCUAUCAUUUUGAUUGUGUAAUUGGCACGUUAAACCUGGUGUCCAGAGUUCACCAUAGAAACUCGAUCACUAUCACCAUUUUUCAUUCACAAUUUUAAACAGAAGCAGUGAUGUAAGAUGUGGAUUUAUCACUGAGAUUUCUGUAAACCAUAAACAAGAUGCCUGACCAUGUUUUACAGUGACUGACAUUUCCUUGUGUAUGUUGAUUAAAUGGACUGGAAUAUAUGGCAUAUGACUGGUAUUUAUUGAAUAUAUUAAAAUACUAAUACUUUUUAACACUAAUAUUAAUGACUUUGUAUUCCCGCAGCGGAAUCAUUUAUAGCCUAAAUCUACAGACAUUUUACUUGACACACUUAGGAUGGAAGUAGGCACAGCUGAAAAUGAACCUAUAAUUAGACACUGUUAGAAAUCCAACAAAGCUGAUAUGUUACCAAAACAGGUUAUUGAAUAUUAAUUAACCAGGCAAUACAUCAAAAACAACUGACAUAUAAAAAUCAUGUUAAUUUGUGUCACCUUCUAGACAUAACCACCACCUGAUAACUGCUGCUACUGGCCCAGCUUGAACACACAAUUAAUGGAAUGGACUGAUAUAUAUAGCACCCUGGGAACUUCAUUCAACAGACUGCUCUCAAUUUCUGCUAGACAGAUACAACCUGAAACAUAGGAAUCGUAGCUGCAGUCAUCAUCCUGAUCAUCAUGAAGGUUUGGAUUGUGUGUGUGCUGCUGUGUGCUACCUUUACACUGAGGACUGUUACAGCUGCAGCAAUUGAGACUGGACCUGAGGAGGAACAGGUACUUCAAGGAAAAACUACUGAAUUGGCGGUUGAUGAGUUGAUUAAUGAAGUUGAGGAUAAAGAGGAAGCUCCCAAAGUCAAUAUUGCUGAAGUUAAAUCAGGCAUCUGUCCACAUGGAUGGGUCAAAUAUGGAUCACGCUGCUUUCGACUCAUGAGAUCAAGUCUGUCCUGGAUCAGUGCUGAGCAACAGUGUGCAGCUGAACAGGCAAGACUGGCAUCUGUACAAAGUCUUGGGGAUCAUAAAUUCCUGCAGAGUUUGCUUGAUAUGGCUGGUCUGUCACAGGCUUGGAUUGGUGCUUACAACUUCCAGGGAACAUGGCUGUGGGUUGACACAGCUCGCUUCUAUUACAGUAACUGGUACUCACUGAGCAGUGUGGGCAGCUACCCAUGUGCUCUCAUGAACAGUAAUGGUAAUGCUUUCUUUCACAUAUAUGCUUUAUCCUUUUUUAUGCUAAAAUGUCGUACAAAGUAUUUCGCUACAAUUUUAUUUGGUUUCAUAUACUCAUAUGUUUGAUUCAGAUAUAUUGUCUAGUUCUUGCAAAUCAAACGUUUUUUCUAACUGUUUUAUUUUCUCCUUUGUUUCAGUUGGCUGGUCCAAUACUGUCUGUGGAAGACUAUACCCUUACAUCUGUUCUAUUGACCUAAAUAAAUGUUAAAGGACAUGGCUGAAUAAUUUUCCAUAUUGUUGAAGCUGAUAUGGGAAAAUAAAUUGUCUGUUUUCAGAACACUUGAGUAAUAAACACUGUUGAUAUCAAUAAAAAAUGUAACAAACAAACAAAUGGUUGUGUUAUUUAAAUGCAAUUUUUUUUUGUAACGAAUACUGUUAAUGAUCCUUGUAUUUCCACAGUGGAAUCAUUUUUAACCUGAAUUUACAAACAGUUCACUUAAAGCUCAUAGGAUGUAAAUAGGCACACCGGGAAAUGUGACUAUAUUUAGACACUGUUAGGAAUCUAACAGGGCUGAAAUUUUAUUAAAACAGGCUAUUGAAUAUUGAUUAACCAGGCAAUAGAUAAAAAAGUGAUAUAUUAGAUCAAAAUCAUUUCAAUUUGAGUCACGUUCUAGACCAGGGGUCACCAACCUUUUUGAAACUAAGAGCUGCUUCUUGGGUACUGAUUAAUG